UCAACAGUGUGUUGACUGACUGCGACCACAGAGAGGAAACUUUUAUUCUGUUCAGUUUGAAAGAGACAGCUUUUAACUGUUACAUUUUACAUUACUGACAAGCAAGAUCUGCUCUCUGUGGGAAGACUUCUAAGGCACAAAAUCCUACUGAUAGAAAUGGCUGAAACCCUGGAACAAGAACCCAUAUAUUUCUUUGACCAGCUCAAAACCAAACGCAAGCGAAAUAUGAAAAUAGAACCAGGAGAACACUUUGUUGAUGUAAAUUUAAUCAGCACAGAUCCAGAUCCUCAUGAAAUUCACAGGAACUCUGGAGGCAUGGAUGAACACAGGGAAAGAAAUGAUGCUUUAGUGAAAGACAGUAUAGCAAAGAAAGAACCAGUUUCUACUAAAACAGAUGGUCCUUCUAUAUCUGUAAACAUUUGUGAGAAUCCUCUGGCUCGCCUCUCCCUAAGACCUUCAUUUCCACCUACAGAAGAAGACCUACGGUCAACUUCACUGGAAGAACAUAAAUGCAUGGCUGCUAGCAUAUUAUGUGAGCUGGAAGAAAUGUUGAAGCAUUUUACCAAGUUUAAGUUUAUUUUACCACAAGGGGUUUUAAAUAUAUUGAGCUCCAGUUGGAAAGAUCUCGUUGAAGGUGUCUGGCAAAAUAAAAAAUAUUUGCAGGAAUUAGCAUACAAAAACUUUAAAUCAAGGAGAAGACAAGCAUCAGAGGAGUCCAACAGAUUGCCACCUACAUUUGAAUGUACUGACUGUGAGACGGCUAAAAAUGUAAAAAGGAAAAGCAGGAAAAGUGUGGAUUUUCCCACGGGUGCAACAAAAGGAACGGAUAAUCCUGGAAUUCUGUCAAACCGACUCAAUGGAAGCAAGACUGCAGUCCCUCAGCAAUAUAGCAGUGAUUCGCCUUUUGCAAUCAGUUUCUCACUGUCAUCAAAACUAUGCAAGGAACGAGGUUGGGUUUUUCAACAUUCUGACUGUGACUCUAAAGACCUAGAAUGGAAAGCACCAUAUGUCUGGGCAGUGGAAAGAUUACGAAUGGCAAAGAUCGAAAUAACUGAGCAACUGUCUAAGCUGAAAGAAUCAGGAUUUGACAAGCCUAUUAUUCUUCGUCAUUAUGGUGAUAUCAAGAAGGAAACCUUUCCCCAAAACAUCAAAGGGCUGCCCAGUAAGAAAGUCUCUUCUGAGAGCCUGUAUGAAAAACCACAGUUGCCAGUGAUCAAACAAGCUGAGCCAGCCUUAAAAAAACUGCACUAUGGAUUGGUUGAUGGAUCAUCCUUCAUUUACUACCCCUCUGGACAUGUUGCAGUCUGUCAGAGUUACUCUGAUCUUCCUUGUGGUGGCUUGUACACCAAUAUAUUUAAUGACUGUCCCGAUCGUGCGUUACUUGGAACAUUUACUCCUUCUGGACAUGGCAGCGUUUGCUUCUCUAACAGCAGCAGCAUAGCAAUGAUAUUUAAUCAGGAAGGAGGCAUGGUGACUAAUAAAGAUGGAGAAAUACUACGCCAGUGGAAAUGGCCUGGGGAAGGGAAGCUUGAUGACCCAGUUAUUAUGCAGGUUAACAAGUGCAUCACUGUGAAGGUUGCAGGACGCUUUGCUGUUGGAUUGCUUUACAAGUGGCGACAUGAAAGCGUGCGUUUGUCUUUGUCACCGGUGCGAGGUGUGGCUGGUCCACAGUUAGAAAAUCUGAGCAAGAUAUUCACAGAAGUUAAUCUACCAUCUACAUCAGUAAAAGGCUUUUCUAAAACACAUGGCAAAACAGAAGAGACAAAAAAAUCUCUUAAAAAAGAAGUAAUCAGCUGUCAGAAACUCAAUAUUAAAAUAAGUACGGAGAGAAUACCUAGAAUUCCAGAAGGGGAUCUAAGCCAUGUCAAAGACUACAACCCUACCAGAGAAUUAAAAGUGCUGAGAUGUAAAAUCAAGAAUGUCCUAGAAGACUGGAUGGAAUAUUACCGGAUAGCCUUAGAAAUCAGCUCACCACACACACACAGAACCUCAGCCUUCCCUCGGAUUGCUGGCAGACGGUGCAAAACACAACAUGCGGGUGCUUUCCUUGGCUUCCAUACAGAGCAGGGAAAAGAGAAUGACAGGGAGACCCCUACACCAGGCAACCAUCCUCCUUUCCAGUCUGUUCCGUCUUGUGGCCCCACUAAAGGUGUGUCACCUGGUUCUUACAGAGACUCUCAUUUAUUGAGCAGCAUUUUCAGAACAAAUAAACCACUCACAGCUCACCUUGAUGUAAACAAUGACACACUCCAAACCUCUCACAAAGCAAAUGAAAAGGCAUGUACUGCAUCACACAGUGCCUGCCCUGUAGUCCUUCGAAGAAUGAUGCUGGGAGAUGAAGUGAGGAUAUGCAGAUGCAGCAACCAUCAGAUUCCAUAUGUUACAGACCUGGAAUACGACCACAUUAUUAACAACCAGGUGUCUUCCUCAGAGCAGAUCACUGUGGUCUGUGUGACUACUUCAGUGAGAGCGGCAGAUUAUGACCCCAGCACAGAUAAGCACCUAGAGCAGCUCUAUGAGAGAAAGAACAAGAACAGGAGUAUGCCAUGUACACAGGGUCACCUAGACUCUUUUCGCCUACUCAAAUACGAUAUUGGGUCUGCAGAUGAGUUUACAGGCCACUGUGGAUCACUACUAGUGAAAAGGCAUAAUAUUGCUCCUGGCAUGUUUUUGAUGUACAUUCAAGGAAAGCUGCUCUUUGCCAACUACAUUUUCAAUGGAUACAGCAAAUCAGUGAAAGAUCUUCAAAAGCAGAUUGCCCUGACAAGGAACAAUUACAACAGGGGCUACCACUUACCCCCUGAUUAUAGAUUGAGCUCUCUUGAAAACAGCCUGCAGAGUUACCCUGAACAUACUCAAGCAAGGAUUUUACACGAUAUUUCUAGUUGUAUUUGCUAUGCCACUGACAGGAGACCAAGUACCCAUGAUUUUGUGCUAUUCGGCUUAUACAAAGGAGCCACCAGCACUCAGGAACAUCUCAACAAAUGAAGCCAGAUCCAAACUCAAAUUAUUAUUUCCCCCUGCAAAAUCACCAUGAGCUGCAGAGGAUCAUUGUACAGAAGAAGAAAAACCCAAGAAUGGACAUGAAGUGGGAGAGGAAGAAUCUUGGAAAAAGAUGUGUGAGAUGGAUGGAGGUUGUUUUUUGCUUUUUUUCUUAAAGUCUGAAAUGAAAAAUGGGACUUUUGGGAGGAAACUGAAUGUACUGUAUUUCUGGUUUUUUGGGGUGAUGAGUGAAAUAUUUUGUUAAAAAAAUAUUAUGUUAAAAUAUUAUAGUAAAUUCAGGCUGCUGUAACUUUACUAGUCCCCAGACUAAAAAGAAAUCAUAUUUGUGAUAAUAGCAUUUUUACUUUUAUUUGACUCCACUAUUGAACAAAGCAAUGCACUUUGGCCCAGAUUCCACUAAAGCAUUGCACUGGUGGAAGUCAGCAGAAAUCAUGCUAGUACAAUACGGCUUCCUCCACUCUCAUCCCGUGUCCCCCAAUAGUUCUGGAGGAUCAGGAGACUCCCUCUGGAACAGGGCAUUAGGGGGAGGAGAGGGUAGAUUGUUCCAUGAGGCAAGCAGAACUGCUUGCGCUAACAAAGUGACCGUGAUACCAUGAUGUUGAAUUCCUUGCUUUAUACUUGAUGUUGCAAACGUACUUGUAAAAUUUGCAGAAUACAGAGCAUUCUUAGGCUUUUGACCCAAUAUGGGAAUCUGCUAAGCAUAUUGCUGCUACAACAUAAUAGGAAGGCAUACCCUCCAUCAUUUCACAUUGUUCUGUGAACCGCCCUGAGACCUCCAGGGUAGAGGGCCGUAUAUAAAUUAAAAUAAUAAUAAUAAUAAUAAUAAUAAUAAUAAUAAUAAUAAUUACAGUUAUUGAGGCUAUAUUCCAUGUGUGAAAGUCAACAGCUGCUGCCACUACCUUCCACAGUAGGGAAAAUCAGGUGAAGCAGUUACUCUAAUGGUGGUGGAAGUGCUGAAGUGAAAGACAUGAAAACACUUGUAGAUCAGACUGAACAUGAAACCAAUAGAAGGAGAAUCUGAGUUACCUUUGGAUGGAGCAUUUUCAGAGAAUGUGACCCAAUGGAAAACAAAGUAGAAACUGAAAUCAAAGGACACCAAGUCUCAGUUAGUCUCUGCUGCAGAAGUAAAGUUGUUUUUACACAAGGUAACAGAUGGAAAGAAACAGGGGAGAAGACCUGAUCAGAAUCUGUUUAAUUUCCCUUAUCUGCAAAAAAAAAAGGGGGGGGUCACAUGUGACAACUUGGGAGUGUUUGCAAUAUGGAAAAAAUCACUGAAAAAACAUGAAACAGUCAAAAUAUUCUCCACAGUCCAGAAGUUAAAAUACACAAGAUUGUGCUGGGUUUUUGUUUUGCUUUGUAACCCUUUGCUAAUAACUUCUUAUUAUUUUAGGUUAGCAUCCCAGGAUACACUAGCUAUGGCUUUCAUUAAACAAAGCAGUCCACAUCUUAGGCUGUGAGCCUGAUGAACCAACAGUUCAACAAAUAUGCAGGUCAUUAAGUGAUCUAAUACAGAAAGGACAGGACGCAAAGUAGGCAGGAAAACCCACACGGUGUUAGGUUCUUGUUAAAGAACCAUUUCAAGUAGUUGCAUAAUUAAGGUCAACAUUACAAUCAGCAAUUAGGAAAUGACAAUUAGACCAUUUGCUUUUUCAUUUUUGGGGAAAAAUGCCCAAUAAUAUAAAUAAAUAAAGAUAAAAUAUUAAAAGAAAUGCCAUUCAUUCGUGGUACCUAUUAGAACCACACUAUACACUUGGAGUCUAGUUGAUAUUUGCACAUGGAUAUAUUUCAAAAGACUAGUAAAGUCCAAUUAAAGUCAUGAUUUUUAAUGGUUAUCUUCUCUUCAACAUCCAAUAUUAUCAAUGCUGGAUCUUUGCAUGUGCUGCUGCUGUUAAUCCCACUAGCCUUCCAUUGUGUUCAAAUAGGCAAGGCAAAGUUUAGGUGGGCUCUAUGAUUCUUCAUUUUUGCAGUCAUUUACUUCACCUU